AGGAAGCCCAACCCUACGACGAGAAUUUUAUCUACCUGCCGAUGAAGCUUCGGGAACCUCACACAAAAAACUACCGUUGCGAUGCAUAGAACGAAAAAAACUUAACCUGGGGCAACAAUGAAACCUUUUAAGGAGCCAUUUAGAUCGUGCAAACACUGAGAUUAAGUUUCACUGUGAAUUUAGAGAGAGCAAUUUGACUGGAUUGACGAGUGUGAGAGGUCAACAUAUUCCAGCCUUACAGGUAGCGGUCGUGGAAGAGCUCUGAUAAAUGGGCGAAUUGUACAAGAAAUCACAAUAGGCAACUUGGAUGACUACACUGAGAAGCUAACAAUGGCGUUGUUUCAUGUUCACUCAACCUGAAGCAGGGAGGCCUUGGUGCAAACCAGAUGUUAGGAAUCCAAUGCAAGGAUUUUAGCAUAGCAAUGACUUGUCAACAGUAAAGGUCACACAUUUUCCUAUGCCAAAAUUCUCUGUGUUACAGACCCAUGGCUCCACUCAAAAACCAACUUGAACCCAGACAACUACACAUUCUGCUAUCAUGCUGGUUAGGCUGCUUCAUAAUGUUUUAUUGUAUUAGUAUGAUGUGCUUGGCACAUAUAAGGCUGAUGAAACAGCCAUGGAUGAUAAGAUGAGAGGUGAGAUUGAUAGUGUACUGGGGCUGCUGGACAGACUUAAAGAUGAGAGAGAGAAGGAGUUUGACUCCUCGCAGGAAGCCAGACUUAAUAGAUUAGAGUUACUAAAAGAAGCAAGAAAGCGUGCUGGUGAGGAGCUGAGAGGGGACGAAGAUAGGGCUGUGUUUUACCCGAAGAAAAAAGGAGAAGAAGCGAGGGUGAUGGAUUUCUCAGUAAAGAACCAAUCAGGUUCCUCCUCUGAACCACUCCCAAGACGCCCUCCCGUACCAGUCUCCUACGAACUCCCAGCAUCUUACCAACGCUCAGUCCCAGUCUCCACGUCAUCCUCCACCCCAGUUUCCUCACCGUCCAACUCGACACCCUCUACGCCCAUUCGCAAGUCAUCCUCCGUCACUGUCACGCUGAACAGGCGCAUUUCUCGGGAAUCCUGCGGGUCGGGACGUGAGUCGCGCGACUCAAUCGAUGCGUCUAUGAACGAAGAGGGGGUGGGUCAGCGUGAUGGAAGGCGGCGGCCCUCUCGGGAAUCCCGCGGGUCGGGACAAGAGUCACGGGAUUCUAUCGACUCGACAAUGUACCCAGGAGGAGAGGUUGAGACGUCAGGAGCUCAGGAGGGUGGGGUCGGGAGAGUCGUGGUCAAGCGGAAGCAGCAAGACAUGGUUGCUGAGAUACACGAGAAAGCGGAGGUUAUCAGCAAAAGCGCCCGCAAGGGUCCCGAGGCGGUAUCGUCCAGCGUCUCGCAUGCGCGAGACAUAGAAGAUGACCCGGAAGUGGCGGAGUAUCUUCGUCGGAUCCGCGGCGUCGCUGUGCCGUCAUCUGGCAAGGCGGAGCCAGACAAACAAAAGGAAGAUUCUCGCGACAAGGCGAUCGAGUCGGUCCCCACGCCCAAGACCGUAAGCGUCCAGCUUAACCUUGACCUUCAAAAGUCGCGCAUUUCCGCUGCCAAAGCCGCGCCAACCCGACGGAAGCCAACCGCUGACCACAGACGUAGUUGGCGCCUGAGUAAUGAUGACACGCUAGACGAGAAGUUUGCUGAGUGGGAAAAAGAAAAUAUCGAAGACGUUGAAGGCCGUCAAGACUCACAAAUUGAGCCUGAAGUGUCUCCGAUGGCGUGCUCAGCGGUCGCGUCUCAUGUGAUGGAGGCGAGCACGCGGGAGUACCCUAAGCCGAUGCUCGCAAGGCGCGGCAGUUCCGACGACGUUUUACCACGAACCCAUCCAAAGGCCAAAAAGCCUGCAUGGAAGAGUAAAACCUACGGGGGGAUAGCGUUACCCGCCUUUGAUGAGGCUGUUAAGAGUGGUGGCACCAAGAAACUUAGGAAAACCAGCACUGAAGCUAUGCUAACUGCGGACGUCGUGAAGCAAGCGGCCCUAGACAAGCUCAACAGAGCAGCCAAGGAGGACAGACCGGAACGGGAACCGGAAAAACCCGCUUGGCUAGUGGAAGCCGAGACGCGCAGGAAACUCCACGAUCGACGCCGGCACGCGGGUCCCAAGGUAAAACCAGCUGAGGAACCAGAGCCGCAAGGCAUCCCGGUCCAGCUACGACGCACGGGCGCAAAACUGACCGAGGGGCAGGAUGUGAGGAAGGAGGAGGAAGAUGAGGAGGAGCCAGAAGAGAUGGAGAUCGCCGUCAAGCUCAGGCCGACAGGUAGGAUGAUGGCCAAGGAAGUCCAGCGUGAACCAGAAAAGGUCGAAUUCUCGUUCAAGCUGAGACCAACUGGCAUCCAGCUUGUAGAUAAAGAAGAUCAGGAUGAAGAUCGAGGUGAGGAGUCAGCAAAUGCCGUUAUCCCUGUCCGGUUGCGUCCGGUCGGACAGCGGGGCACGGCCAAACCUAGGCGGGAUGAGCCGCAGGAGGAGCCUGAGAUCGCGGUGAAGCUGCGCCUGGCGAGGGAGAGACUGGACGCCCUUGACGCCAAGGAGGAGGAGAAGCGGAGACAAGAGGAGCACGUGCAUGUACCUAUCCGGAUGGAGAGGAGGUACUCUACGGAGAAACCCAAAACUGAAGCAGCCUCCAAUCUACCAGUUAAGCGUCCGUCAAGGGGCGAAAUUCACGCCGUCACACUUAGCCAGAAAUCCAUGGAGAGCGCACACGUGGUGAGCCCAAUGCCGACACGCACUACAGCCGAGAGCACCCCGCCCUUAACUCCCACCACUAGGACACCCGGCAAGGCAAGCUAUAAGGUGACGCCCGUGCAUGAUAAGUUUAGCUACAGUGAACCAACAUGGGGUGACGACUUGACUUACGGGGAUAGAUAUGUAAAGAGUAAUGGGCACGAACUUGCACCAAGCGACGGCAUGAUUAACGGGGAUAGAUAUGUAGAGGAUAGACGGAACUUUAGUCAGCACAAACCCGUGAUAAACGGAGAUCGGUAUAUAGUGGAUAGACGCGACUUCAAACAGCACGAACGUGCACGAAGAGACGACUUGAUAAACGGAGAUCGGUACGAUCGACCCGACUCUGGACCGCAAAACCUUGCACGCAGUAACUCGCUUACUAGAAAGACUAGUGAGGACACAUAUCCUACAAAACGAGCUGAACACACCUACGAUCACCCUAUACGAGCUGACUCUAUCACUAGGAAACCUAGCGGGGAUAAGUUUGUCCAAGAACGAAAAAAGGAUACUUACGGCGUUAUUAUUCGUGCGAAACCAGUAAGUAGUUUGCAGAACGGGGAGUUAAUUGCACGAGACGUGACUAACGAAUCGAUUGCGCCUGUGCGUACUGAACAGGACGACGGCUGGGCGAGAAGGGAUGAGCGCUACCCUGCGCAAGAAAGGAGGGCUCCCGCGCAGGACAGAAGGGAGCCUGCAGUAGACAAGAGGGGGCCUGCAAUAGACAGGAGGGGACCCGCACAGGAUAGGGGGGAGCCUGCGCAAGACAGAAGGCAGCCUGCGCAUGACAGGAGGGAGGCCUAUGGGAGGAGCAGGACAGAGGACUACGGUGCAUCAAGGGAGAAGAGAGAGUCAUAUGGUACGAGGGAGAGGAAAGAUUCGCGAGGUUCAUCAGGAGAGAGGAGAGAGUUGUACAGUAAGCCGCGCAGAGAGUCGCUCACAAUUACCACCGCACGGCCUUACCAAACACCGACCAACGCUAAAGCCAAACCCUAUCAGGCUUUAUCACCAUCCUAUCAGACACAAACUAAUGCCAAAGUUAAGCCCUUCCAGGCCUCUGGGCCAUCCUAUCAGGCCCCAAGUAACGUGGAAUCGAAGCAAUCUCAGCCAAUACCUGCAAUGACGUCCGUGUACUACACGCCACCCUCAUCCCCGGAGUCACGCUCAUCCUCAUCGGGUACCAGGGCGUCGCAACACGUAGGGGAGAGGCAGGUCUCGCCAGUUAGGAGCUAUGUCAUGGACACCGCACCAAGCUGGGACAGUCAAGUAGAUGGGGCGCCUAGAGAUAGCAGGACACGAGUGACGUCACCAUCACGCAAACCGGAAAUGGAACCAGUCCGGGUAACCGCGCACAUCGAUGGCUCGGAGCCAAUCAGGAUCGAGCAGGAGCCACCCUCUAGGCCAGCUCGGGUCGCCCUCGCUGAGGCAACCCCGCAAGGGCGUAGCACGCCAGACCAAAGGAAGACCCCCUCGCGGUCUGCUAAGAUCAAGGCUCGGCACUUGAGUAGCGAGCGGUCGAAGACGGUGACGGUGACGGCGAGUGAGGUGCCGCAGGUACAGUCGCAGAGACGCGCAAGCGCCGAAUACCCGCAGUUCAUGAUAGGCCAGCGCACGCCCGAGUACCCCAAGAUGAGGGUGGAGAAAGUGGGCAACGGAUAUUUAAAGCACGCUGCGGUAAGCACCGUGGUAAAAGCCAAGCACAUUCCCUCCUCCGAGCAGAAAAUACUGGUCAGGACUCAUCGACAUGAACCCGAUAAUCAGCAGCUAUGGCGGGGGGACGCCGACGUACGCCAGGGUGAGCCCCAAAGGACCCAGGAGGUCGAGCCCCAAUGGAUGAAGGACCUGAGCGAGAAAAGGAGAAAAGGCCAAGGACGGAGAUUCUCAGCGGAAAUUUUGUCUGCAGAUGAACAGUGCCAACCGACACUCUCGCGGGAUGACGAAGUGCAGAAAGAAGUGCCCGGUUUUCUGAAGGAGUUUGAGAAGAAGAGGCGAAACAAAGGACCAGCUCCCGAAGUGACGCAAGUUAUCGAUCGGCCGAUCUAUCUACGAAUAGAAUUGCCGGGCCAAUCCCCAGGUUACCGACGUCCAGGUUCAAGCAACCAGAGUUACGUCUAGUAUAGUCACGUGACCGUGACGUGACCGUGACGUGACCGUGCCACUUGACUGUGUAAUAGAUGUUCCCUCAGGAUAGUAAUGUUGUUAGUAGAUAUUGUAUUUUUCUAAAAAAAAAAAAAAGUCAUUAUAUGUCUCGGUAGAAAUGCUGGUUAGUUUAGUCCCGUAUUUAGCUGUAAAAUGAAACAAGAAAUUAUGAUACGAAUUACUUCAAAUUGACUUCUGAUAUUUUUCUUUAAUUGGUAUUUCUCAUCGGCUAAGGUGAAUAAGUAGGUCUGUAUUUCAAAGCACUAUAUAUUUUGACACCACGAAGAAUGUCUGACUUAAACUCGUAAGAGUUGAUAAGAUUUACAAUAAAUUUAAGAAAAAGUC